AUGCACGUCGACUGGGUGCAGAUCGGGCUUAUCGCGAUUUUCGUCACCGGCUACGCAACGCUCAUCGUUACAGCUUGCUGCGAAUUUACCGUUAUCUAUUUGCUCGUCAAGAGGCAUAGACAAGCCAUCGCCCUACACGAUUUCGCCCGCGAUCAACGCUCCAUCCGGCCACAAUUACGAUUCGGAGCACAGUUGAUUACACACACGUUGACUGCAACCGUCCUGAUCGUUGCUCCGAACAUUGGCGACGCACUAAUGGGAGGCAACGAUUUUCAACAAUUCCUUUGCUAUACGCGAAAUCUGGUAGAAGCGUUGGAUAUCGGGGUCCAUCGUUUCGUACGUCCCUGUAUUGUUUGUCAAUGGUUUUCCAUCACCGGCUUGCUAAUUUACUGUACAGCCGAGUCGUACGGUACCGGAAAUGUGUAUCAGAAUCCUAAGCUCUGCGCCGAGCUGCCGAUCUUCUGCGCCGACAAUAGGACUACGAUGUAUAAAGGAAGGGGAGACUCCGGGCCCGUGACGCUUGGAGCUAUCGGAUUGGAGUUGUCCUUGAUCUUCUUCUCCGCCUGGAUGAUACGCGACAUCUUCUGGGCAGCAUACUACAACAAAAACCCCAACUUCUCGAAGAAAGCCCGGAAGAUGCUGUUGACAUUUACUAAUGUGUUCUUGGCGCAGAUGAUCAGCACCUUCAUUUUCAUUAUGCUGCCCCUGACGAUUUUGGGGGUUGGGUUUGCUGGACUGAUUGACAUCGACUUCUUUCUUGCAAUCGGAGCCCUUUCCCCUGAAAUCGGCAUUCUACAGUCGAUCGUCAACAGCUUCAUCCUGAUUUUCACCGCCAAGAGGGCAAUGCGAAGAAUUGCGAAGUUGUUUAUGAAAGAGCAAGACGAGAAUGCCCUGGCUACAAACUCGAUCACAUUGGCCGUCCGU